UUUUGCAUUUUUAUUCUAUACACGCGUGUAUUGUUGUUAAACAAUUUGUUUUUUAUUUUUGCUACAAAUUCAAAAAUAUUUAUUUGAGAAUAGUAAAUAGAAAUAUUAAAAAUAUAAAUGGCCACAUUACAAUGUUCUUAUUGCUCGUUGGACAUAAACGAUGAACGAUUUCUACAUUGUGGAAAUUGUGGCGGUGAUGUGCACAUCAAAUGUCUGAGGCAUGCCAGUACACCGGGUGAUUUGUUGGGUGAUGUUUUCUUCGAUUUCACAUGUGCCAAAUGUAUGCAACUACAAUUUGAUGCGCCAUCGACAUCCAAAGGCUUAUAUGGCGGCAACAGUGCAGAUGUCGAUAAUGUCGUCCGGGAGAAAUUUGUACGUCAACGAAUGCCCUGGCUAUUGGUCAUUACAAUGGCUUUGUAUAAUCUUUCGAUAAAAUCGAAAGGCUUAAGUCGUCAUGGUUAUUUUCAUUGGCGAACGCAUAUAGUUAAUUUUAUAGAUAAGAAUUGGGAUUACCUCUUUGAUCCAACAAUUAAACGACGAAAAAAGUGGACAGGUUCAAUUUCGGGUGCUUUAUCACAUAAUAGUCCAAAAUAUUUUACAUCUGGUCAGGAGUUAUUCGAUGAAACGGGCUGGUGGAAAUUAACUCACGCAAAUAAAACACCAAAAGAUAUUUUCAAUUUAUAUGAACAAGAGUGUUUAAAACGUCAACAAAUGCGCCAAGAUAAAAGACAGCAAGAUGACAAUUAUGGCAGUGAUACCUCGGCCAAUGAACAUGAUACCAAACGUAUUAAACGUCAUGAUUCCGAUGAUGAUUUAGUACCUACUGAUUCUUGCAGUCGUACUAUUCCCUAUAUGGGUCGUAAGCCUAAAAUAGCAAAACCUCUAAACAUAUUGGAUGAUGAAUUAUUAAAUAAACAACACAACACCAAUGCUCUAGCGCCACCACCACUCGACGAUCCAGUUAUGCCGCUGAAUACCGUUCAAUCCAGUUUAAUGGAUUUCUUAGCUGAAAGUUUAGCCAGCGAUGAUUUGAAUAUGUUUAAUACUUUACCGAAUAUAGCACCAGAGCCUUUGGUUGAUAGUGCUGGUAAAAAUGAUAUAUUACCGCUACUUGAAGCACAUAAUGAUAAUGCAAACUUUUUCGAUAAUUCAUCAAUGAUAAAAGCUGAACCGAUGGAUUUAAAUGGUCACUUGUAUAGUGAUUAUAAUACACAAGUAUUGUUAAAUGAAAAACUGAAAAGCUUUUUUACAAAUUCAACAUUUCCCUUAGAUCAACAACAUCAACAACAACAAUUUAAUAAUAAUUUUUUGAGUAAUCCAGUAGCUGGUAUAGGUAAAAAUUUUCAGGAUAAUAUGGAGCCAGUUCAAACUGAAAAUUCUAUUCACACCAAUUCGGAAUUUUCAAAUGAGCUGGAUGAGGACAAUACUACCACAUCUAUUACAACUCAAAGUCUUAUACUUAAAGAAGAAAAAACAGAGGAACAACCAGAAUCUGGCGAAGAAGAUGAAGAAUCAGAUUCUGAAGAAUAUCAACCACGUAUUGUACAAGUAACAAAUUUCCAACAAUUAACCGCUGAAAAUCAGUCUUGCUCCUCGUUAGGAGCUGCAAGUCCCAAUAAAAGUAGUGGUAAAUUAAUUAAGCAGGAACUAACAUCAGAUAACGAAUUUCGGGAUAGUGUUAGAUCAAAUAUGGCUGAUGAAAUGAAUGAAGAUUCAUCGGAUGAUGAUGAUAAUUUAAGUACAACAUUAAGUGCUUGUAAACCUAGCCUUUUUACUAAACAGCCUAAACGUCAAUGGCCCUGGCUAAUAGAUAAUCGUCUGGAGGAUAUGAUGGAAGAAGAAAUAGAAGAUAAAACGGUAUCAUCAAAUAAUAUGGAUCUAACCCUAAUGAGUGAAUAUGAAGAAAAAGAAUUGCUGCAAAAAUUACGUAAAAUUUUUAAUUUGGAAGAGAAGUGUAAAAUUCACAUACCACCCUUCAUUAGGAGAUUUUAUCGUAAACUAUGUAUACGUGAAUGGAAACGAGAACAUGGUAAACCUAUAUUUAAUCUAGACGAUUAUGUUAGUAACAAUAAGCAACGCCUAAGAUCGCAUAAGUCUGAAAAAAACAAAAUUAUAGAACGUUAUCAACUUAUUUCCUUAUCAUCUUCGGAUGCUAAAAAAUCAUUUUAUGCUCGCAUAGCGGGUUCUUCACAGUAUGAGUUAUUUGAAUCUCCCUACACACAGCGUAUUUUACAUCCUUUCAUUUAUCGUGAUAGAAAAUGUUGUCCACCAUUUCUUAAGCUUAUGUGCGAACUACAAUACAAAGUUAAUCGCGUACCACCGACUCGAGCACCUAUAGAUUUUUGUUAUGUACGGCCUAAUCAUAUAGCAGCAGUUAAUGCUCUAUUACAAACGGUAUUUUGGCCAGGAAUUGAUAUGUCUGAAUGCUUAAGUUAUCCAGAUUUCAGUGUAGUAGCUUUGUAUAAAAAAUUAGUUAUAGGCUGUGGUUUUCUAGUACCUGAUGUUGGUUUUAAUGAAGCCUACAUUUCUUUUAUGGCAGUACGACCGGGUUGGCAAAGGAGUGGCAUAGCUACCUUUAUGUUGUAUCAUUUAAUACAGACUUGUAUGACGAAAGAUAUUACGCUACAUGUAUCGGCCACAAAUCCUGCAGUUGUUUUAUAUCAAAAAUUCGGUUUUAAAAUUGAAGAAGUUAUAUUGAAUUUUUAUGAAAAAUAUUUACCUUUCGAUUCGAAACACAGCAGAAAUGCUUUCUUUUUAAGAUUAAUGAGAUGAAUUGAAAAAUAAAUAAAUUUACAAUUUGUUAUACUAAAAA